AUGACCAAAAUAGCUAUUAUUAUUUAUUCCUUGUAUCACCAUGUGUCAACGAUGGCUGAAGAGGUGAAGAAAGGGGUGGAGUCUGUUGAAGGAUGCUCAGCUGAAAUUUUUCAGGUUCCAGAAACUCUUUCAAAGGAACUUCUCGAACAGCUUGGUGCUCCCGAGAGACCAGAUUACCCAAUUGCAACUCUAGAAACCCUAACGUCUUACGACGCUAUUCUUUUCGGUAUGCCUACCAGAUUUGGUGCUAUGCCAGCACAAAUGAAGGCUUAUUUAGAUGGUACUGGAGGUUUAUGGGCCAAUGGUUCUCUUUAUCAAAAGCCGGUUGGUGUGUUUGUUUCUACGGGAACCGGUUCUGGUAGAGAGUUUACUGUAUAUAAUUGCUUAUCUGCUUUCGCUCAUCACGGUAUGAUAUUCGUUCCCCUCGGCUUUGCCAAGGCCUUUCCCGAAUUGGCUAAUGUUACCGAGCCACAAGGAGGUAGUGCUUGGGGUGCCGGUUGUUUGGCUGGUGGAGAUGGUUCUAGAAACCCUUCUAAAUUGGAAUUGAGGGUUGCCGAAAUUCAGGGACAUGAAUUCGCUGAUGCCGUUAAGCCAAUGUUCACUAGUGUUGAAAAAGCUGUUGCCAAACCUGCCGCACAUCCUACUGCCAAACCUGCUGCAAAGGCUACCACCACAAAACCUGCUACAAAGACCACAAAGACUGCCUCAAAGCCUGCUACAAAGUCCGAAAAGAAAAGAGGUUUUUUCUCGAGACUUGCACACAAACUAUUUUAA